AUGCAGGAGCACAAUCUGCUCAAGAACCUGGGUCCGUGGCUUAGAAGCCUCGCUCUGGCCUGGGACAAGCCCAUCCAUCACAGCAACAUCGUCUCCAAAGAUCUCCUCAUCCAAGGCUAUGACAGCAACCAACUCAUUGUAGCCAUUCCCUUUGUCUGCAAGGUCAUGGAGCAGUGUGCCAAGUCCAACGUCUUCAAGCUGCCCAACCCAUGGCUCAUGGUGGUGCUGCGCCUCAUGGUCGAGCUCUACCAAUUUGCAGAGCUCAAACUCAACUUGAAAUUCAAAAUCAAAGUCCUCUUCAAGGGUCUCGAUGUUGAACUCAAGGAGGUGCCUCCCACCACCAUCCUCCACAACCAACCCAGUGCCAAGCUGCUGCAACAGCAACAGCAGCAACAACACCAGCAGCAGCAGUCUUUGGGUCAACUUCAGCAUCUCAGCCAACAGCAACAACACCAGGCCGCUGUAUAG